GCAGACUGGAGCUAGAACUUACAGGCUAUGCGCAGUUUCGUUUUCCCUGCAGGCAACCCGUUCCGGGUGGGGUCCACUGGCUUACACUAUAUAUCAUGUACAAUGAAGUAAAAGCCUUUCUUCAGCCUUGCAGUACAUGAUGGACUCACGUUGGGAGCAAUAAUAUGAUGCUGCACGCUUGUGGCUGGCAGUCUGGCAAGAACUCCACCUGCACAAUGAUAUGAAUGCAGUGACAUCAAGUAAUUAGCUCGAGAGGUACAACUACAAGAGGAAAGAACAGCAGAGAGAUCGCGUGGCGAAUCUGAACAUUGCGUCUUUCAUUUCCAGGAAAAAAAGUGACUAAGCUAACAGGUGUACGACAAUCGGCUCACAAUGCCAGAGUUGGGACUUAUAGUGCGUGUGUAUAGGCUCUCGAAUUUUUUCAAGUCUGCCUGCGUUAUAUUGGUGCUGAGUAUGGUGAUGUUUUUAGUUGGAAUGUCAACGCCUUAUUGGGUGACAAUUGGACUGCAGAAGAGCAGCGGCCUUUGGCAACACUGUGGAAGCGACAGUGACUGCGAGAUACUCCAUAAUCCACCAAAACCGUUGCAUGCCUGUCAGGCAUUAGAAAUAAUAUCCCUAUUGAUGUACAUGGGCUUGAUUAUAUUAGCUCUCCUGUAUAUGCUCCACUCCGCCUUUGAGAAGUCUACGGUGAUAUUAGCGACCAUAGUAUUAAGCUUCACUUCAGCAUUCACCAUGCUAGUUGGAGUAAUAAUCUACGGAACAAAAGUGAAAGAAGAUCUGGCAGGAACCGGUGUGGCCUGGUCUUUGUGGCUGGUGGUGAUAUCCGCCUUGAUGAAUAUUGCCGUAGGAACAUUAUUCGUUCUGCACAAAAAGGCACGGACCUGCUAGCAAAUGUCUUCUAUUGAAGAUGAAAACUGCGAUGAACUCCCACAUCAGAAAGGAUUUGAUCGGUGAAUCGAUUUGGAUUUUAUUUGUAACUAUGUUUACGCCCUGCACUUAAUCCUUGCAGUAGGAAGAGGGUUUUUGAUAUCAAAGAAUUACGAUAUAUCGAACUCGAAAAAUGUAAUGAAAGAGGAUAAAGCAUUUGUUGAACUGGAACAAGAACAGGAAAAAGCAGAAAGGCAUCACUGAAUUGGUUGUAUUAUAACUUCAGGAUGGCUAAUUGGCAGAUAUCUGAUCGCAUGAAAGGCGAAUAUACUAAAUAUAUUUGAACCUUUCGAGGAUAAAAAGAAUAAAUGAAAAGCGGGAGGCUAGUUGCAAUUACAGACCAAUCAAUUUCCUGAAAUGUCAUUACGACGGCCUAAAGUGUUGAAUGUAAGGAAGAUAUAGACAGUACGAAAAUUGAUGGUGCAUGUAUAUAUAAAUUAGUCCCGUGUCUACUUGAAGAAACUGAAAUCUCGGUCUGCUGUAUGCUUGUUUAAAUUUCAAUUGUAUUUCGGAUGGUACAUUCAGCGUCAUGAUUUAUUAAUAACGUGCUUCCAGUCAGGCAAUUCAUCAUUGAUCAAAAACCAUCAGGUUUAUCUAGUGUUUUGAUCGAUAGUCCUACUGAUUAGAUUUUACAGAAACAAAGAACUUCGACAUACAUGCAGGCCUACUACGCUUGUACAUGGAUUCUUUUACCCUUUUCUAACAACGAACUAUAUUGUGAAAUUAUAAAGAGCAAUGACGUUGAUAUCUACGACGGGAGAUACUCUUUUUUAGUUUAACACAAAAGUUGUUUAAUAUGUUUAUAGCAUUUAUAUACCUCACACACACACACACACACACACACACACACACACAUCACCUUUUUGAUUUAAUUUUAUAGAUUUUUUGUUGGUGUGACAGUAAACUAAACGCGGUAUAGAAUACAGUGUAUAUCUUAAAAGUAGUCACUCGGCUGUUCAAUUAAAGUUGCUCACGGCCUACAAGCAUAUAAUGAGUAGGAAGGCAUAAUUUCUUGAAGUACCUGGAACAGCCAGAAUAAUCAACUGUAAAAGUAAUGUGCUGUAGCGCAAAGUGUCCCUGAAACCAGAGAUAUGCGUCAUUAUUGCUGCACGCAAUCUUUGAGCCCAAAAAUGCCUCAACAUGUGCCUCCUGACUGCAAAUGGUUCAGCGUCCUUCUUGUCAAUCAUGCGCACUUCAAUUUGGCACCAUAACAUACACCUUUAUGAAAACCAUGUAGCUUUAUGAGAGAACAGUUUCAUUAGCUCUGUAUGUAUCAAUUUAAAUUAUUGUUUUUCUUUUUAUCAAGAGCUUAC